GUCUCUGAAUCAUCUGUAAGUAUCCUACAAGGCAGUCACGUGCGGCAGUGACAGCCUUCACCUUCACCUUCACCACUCCACCUUCUUCCCCACCACUCUCUCCAUUUUCAUCACCUUCACUUUCUUCUUUCUUCUUUCUUCUUUCUUCUUCUUGUUCUUGAUUUGGGGGUGUUUUUUUCUUCACACAGUUUCCUUUUGAUUAAUCAAAACAAGUAAAAUACAUAUAGUAGUAGUAGUAGUAUUAAAUGUAGAUAGACAUUAUUGUACUGAGUCUCAUCUCUGCACCAAUUAUCCCCACUCUGUCACCAACAGAAACCACAGUAAUAAUUUUCCUUUAUACGUUCAUACCUACUACACCCUCUCUCUCUCUCUCUCACACACACACUUCACCCAAUUAACCCACUCUUUCUCUCUCUACUAUUACUCUUUCAUUCCAAUGGGUUCUUCGCCGGAAGGAGGUGGAUUAGGAUUAGGAUCUCCGACGCCGCCGCUCCCCAGACCCAAGUCGCCGCCGGAGUUGUACGGGAAACGGAGAGAGUUGGCGAAGGUUGUGAUGUUGGAAAGAGAAAUAGGUUUCCUUCAGGAAGAGUUGAAAUCGACUGAAACACUACAGCCUGCAUCUUUUUGCAUUAAAGAGGUUGCUGAUUAUGUGAUUGCAAAUCCAGAGCCAUUGAUCACAACGGGGAAGAAGACCCGUAAGUCUUGUGGCUUCUGGAAGUGGCUAUGUGGAAGUUCCUGUUUUAACAUGUCAUGGCUAUGCUGUUGCUGCUGUUGCAACGACUGUUCUCUUCAAAUGCCACGCUGUUGUUGUUCAUGUUCUUUACCCGACUGUUGUUCCUGUUCAUUACCAAAGUGCAAUUGUUCUUGCAACCCGUGUUCCUGCUUCCCGCCAUGUUUAAAAUCAUGUUUCUGUUGCUGCCCGAAGUGCGAUUCAACUUGCUGCCCGAAACUUCAACCAUCCUGCCCGGAUUUCAGUUGCUGCUGCAAAUGUUCUUCUUUCUUCUCGUGUUGUUGCUUCCCCACCAAAUGCAAAUGCAAAUGUUCAUGUCCUAAACUUCCAAAAUGCUCGUGUCCUAAACUUCCAAAAUGUAGUUCCCCUUGUGCUUCUUGUUGUAGCAUAAAAUGUUGUUACUCUUGUUAUCAUUGUUGUUAAUGAAAUAAAAACAUUACAGAA